AUGGGUGAAGCAGUCAAUCGAUCCAUAUCUUUCCUCGUGUCCAAAUGGAGAUCGCCGACUGAGGAAGAGAGGCUGCGACGGCUGCUCCUGCGGGUCGGCUCCAUGGUGGAGGAGGCAGAGGGACGGCACAUCACGAACCAAGCCAUGCUGCUGCAACUCCACACUCUGAGAAUGGCGAUGCACAGAGGCUACUACACGCUGGACACAUUCAGAUGCCCAGCCCCGGAUCAGCUGCACAGAGGCCACUCUUUCGCUCUCUCUAAUGUCUGCCCAGCCAAGCGUCUCCGCGUGGGAAGCCCGAACGAGCAGCAGGGUGUUCUAGCCAGCCUCGAAGCCGCCGUCCAAGUUGCGGGGCCAGAGUUGGCCACGCUUUCCGGUGGAUACCCUCGCCUGUUUCGGCAGCCGUACAGCAUGUACCUGCUCAUGGACAGGUGCAUGUUCGGCCGCCAGAUGGAGAUGGAACACGUUGUCAACUUUCUGCUGCAAGCAGAAGCAGAUGAGCAACGGCUCGGCGUCCUCCCGAUCGUUGGCCCGGGAAAGGUCGGGAAGAGCACCCUCGUCCACCACGCCUGCGCCGACGAGAGGGUCCGCGGCGGCCACUUCUCGCGAAUCGUCUUCUUCAUGAGUUCCCGUGAUUAUCUUACAGCUGUAGAGAGCAGCGCAGCUCUCGUCCCAGAUGGAGCUGAUCAUCAAAGGGUGCUGAUCAUCGUUGAACUAGAUGGGGAUGUCGAUGAGGGUUCAUGGAAAAAACUGCGCUCAGCUUCAGAAAGACUUCGCGUUGGACAUGGCAGUAAGAUGCUCGUCACAAGUCGAUCUGACAAGAUCGAGAGUCUGGGGACGACUCUGCCGCUCAGGUUAAGCUUCUUUACUCCGGAGACCUACUGGUACUUCUUCAAGGCGCGCAUAUUUGGGAGCGCGGACUUGACAGAGCACCCAAAGCUUGUAUCAACAGCCAUGGAGAUAGCAAGGGAGUUGAACGGCUGCUUCGUAGCUGCAAACAUCUUCCGUGGGAUACUCAAAUCAAGCAUGAACCCUCGUUUUUGGAGUUUAACUCUGACAACAUUCAAAGAGUUCAGGCAGAAGAACUUGUUCCUCUUUAGUACCGUGCAUCCGGUUGAUCCUUGGGAGGCAGACAAACCGGUGCAUGUCCCGACACCAAGAAGCAAACCCACAUCUCCGCCCGGCGGGUAUAGCUUUGUGAUUCUUGGUAACUACGAGACAGCCUCCGUUCAUAGCGGAGCUGAAGCUCCCGCGGUUUCGGUGCAAGAUGUCCUCUAUGGAGGUGCUAGGCCUCAAGGGAAGUUCAAUGUUCUUGCAUGCACAUCUCACAUACCACCCCACUACAGCUACGCAUAUAACUGUGAGGUACGGAAGCCAUGGCGUGCUGUCUCCAGGAAGAAGAGGGACCAGCUUAUGAUUUGCAGCAGCUGA